AAUACAGACAUCAGUUGAAUUUACUAAAAACCACGUCUCUAGAAGAAAUUAUCUACUGCCUAUUAUAAUAAUUCUUUAUUUCCCACUUGCAAUCUGCAGAUUUAAAAGAGGCAAAAUGUGAGAUUGCACAAAUUUAUAAAUGCCAUGCAAAUUGUUUAUAAAUUAACAACAAUUAAUAAAACUUGGAUUAGUUUUCGCUAACAAGUGAACCGAUGCAUUAAAAAAGUUAUUAAAAUGUUUAAACCAAUCGACUGUAACUGUAUAAAGAAAAAUAAAUAAAUUUUUGUAUAAAAAAGUUAAAAGAAGUUCGAUAUGUGGAAGGUGUUGUUGAGAUUAAGCCUAGUAAUUUUAAUGAUUUUAAAGGUUUCGGCUAAACCACAACUUUUACUUAAUAGCGGUGGUUUGCUUGGAAGUUUAUUAGGUGGACCCAGUUUGCCACCGGUAAAUGAUGCUACGAGGGGUGUAGUUAAUAAAAAGGAUAACCUACAACUGGUUGAUCAACGUUCUGAAUUGAUUGGUGAAUUUGAGGAAGACUCACUAGGCAUUAUCAUACCAGCUGGUGUUAAUUUGCCGUUAGAUUUACUAAGUAAUAAUUUGCAGAUAGGUGAAGGACCCGGACGUAUUCAAAAUUUGGAGAGUAACCAACAAAUAUUUGAUCAGUCAGCGGAUCUAAUUGGUAUUGGUCAUCAUAAAACUGGCCUUGCUCAGGUACCAAUACAAGCAAAUGCUCCAAUAAAGCUUAUAGAUCACAAUACUCAAAUAGCCGAAGGGCCUGGGGGUAUAGAAAAUGUGAAAACGAAUGUGCAAAAAGUCGAUCAAGCUGGCAGAUUGAUUGGCGCUCAGCAUGAGGAAUCCGAUUUGCUUCAGGUUGUUGCUGGGGUCAAUGCUCCCAUAGAUGUUCUCACCAACAAUCUACAAAUAAGCAAAGGAGUGGGUGGCAUACAAAAUUUGCAGGCAAAUGAACAAUUCGUCGAUCAAUCUGGCACUUUAGUUGGCAGCGAUAACUCUAAAUUUAACUUGGCCCAAGUUGCAGUACAAGCUAGUGCUCCCAUAAAAGCUCUGACACAAAAUAUCCAAAUAGCAGAAGGUCCAGGAGGUAUAAAUAAUACCAGAAUAAAUGCACAGAUAGUGGACCAAAGCGCCGAUUUAUUGGGCAGCAACAAUCAAAAGCUUAGUGGCGUGCAGCUUCCGAUAGCUGCUUCCGCUCCUAUCAAUGUUUUACGGAAAAACGUCCAAACUGUUGCAAAUGGAGAGAGUGGGAAUAUUGAUAAUGUUGAUAUAAAUAAUCAGUUGUUUGAUCAAAGCUCUAAUAUACAAGGUGCGGAUAAUCGAGAGGCAAAUUUGUUACAGGGCUCGGUGGGAGUCAGAGCACCCAUUAAUGCCUUGACGCAGAAUGUUCAGACAAUUGAGGGUUCUGAGGGUGAUAUUAGUAACAUUAAUGUAAAUCAGCAGAAAGUUGAUCAAAGUUCAAACUUAAAAGGCAAAGAUUUAAAAAAAUCAAGUUUAUUAAAACUUGGAGCUUUGGCGUCAGCACCCAUAGAUCUACUGGCAGGGAAUAAACAAGUUAUAACAGGUGGAGAAAAAGAAGGUAUCCUUAAUAGAAUUUUGGGCUCGGAAAGUGGUGGCAUUAAAAAUCUCAAAGCUAAUAUACAAAAUGCUGAUUUAAGUGAUACUUUAGAGGGUUCAGAUAUACACAAAACUGAUGGCUUAUUAGUGGCUCCUCAAGCUUUACUAGGCAUAACUGGUUUAACCAAAAAUUUGCAACAAACUAGUAGAGGGGGCAUAGAAAAUGUGGACUUAAAUGCUCAAAAACUCAAUACCGAUACCAAUAUAACUGGAUCCAAUAUAACCAAACUACAAUUGGGCAAAAUAACGCCUCAGGCUCAGAUUCUGGUGAAAUUGUUAAACAAAAAUGAGCAGUCCACAGGUAGCCAGGAAGAUGAAAAGGGUGGCAUUUUGAAUGCGAUAUUAAAUACCCAAGAAAGUACCAAUAAAGUUUCCAUUAAUGGCAGUAAUACGAAAGUUAUACAACUUUUGGAUAUAAAUCCUAAUUUAAUAGUAGAUCUUGGUUUAGCAGAACUAACAGAUCAGAAAACUAGUGGAUCUGGUUCGGCUAAACAUAAGGAUAUAACCAAGCAAGUUUCCGAUAAUUCCGUGGUCAUGGUGGGUGAUAAUAAUGAAGUUAUUCGUGGUGCUGUGGUGAAUACCCAGGGUGUGGUUAAAUUACGUUUAGGAGAAAUUGUUAAACAAGUUACCGGUUUGGUUGCUGGCAAGGAGUUGACCGAUGAGGAAUGUGUUGAAGAAGGCGAUGAUAUUAUUAUACAAGAACAAAAAUCGGAUGUAACGCAAAUCGGUGAAAAUAAUACGAUCAGUACUUUGGCCAAAGUGGGUGGACAGCUUAUAGUUGAUGCUAAUGUAGCGACAAAUCUUUUGCAAAGGAUAAGAUGUAAGGGAAGGAAGACAACCACGAAGAUGCCUCCAACUGAAGCUACAACAGAACAGCCUAUUUUACCGCCCACGGGCCCUCCUACAUUACCACCAACUGUUCCACCAACCCUUCCACCAACUCUACCGUCUACUCAACCUCCGACUUUACCUCCCACACAACCACCGACUCUCCCACCAACUUUACCGCCCACACAGCCUCCAACACUUCCACCAACUGUACCACCUACUCUUCCUCCCACAAUGCCUCCGACAAAGCCACCAACACUUCCACCCACUCAACCUCCAACAUUACCUCCCACACAACCUCCUACUCAACCUCCAACUUUACCACCAACACAACCACCUACUCAACCUCCAACUUUACCACCCACUAAACCCCCAACACAACCGCCUACUCAACCUCCAACUUUACCACCAACACAACCGCCUACUCAACCUCCAACUUUACCACCCACACAACCUCCAACUCUUCCACCUACGCUACCACCUACUCAACCCCCAACAUUACCUCCAACACAACCGCCUACUCUACCCCCGCGUCGUUGUUAUCGUAAGUAUUGUCGUAAAUGGCGAAAAAUGCGAUACCGAUGUCACAGAUAUUAG